AUGGCCACCACUGCCGUCCACAUUGAAUUGGUGUCUGACUUAUCCACACCUUUGUUCAUAUCCGCACUAAGCCGAUUUAUUAGUCGAAGAGGACGGUGUUCUGACAUACAUAGUGACUGCGGCACGAAUUUUGUUGGUACCCAAAAAUACUUGCAAAAUAUUGAUCACAUGCUUCGUCACGAUACCUUCGUAAAUCACCUCACCUCACACCAGAUAACCUGGCAUUUCAACCCACCGGCCGCUCCACACAUGGGUGGUCUGUGGGAAGCCGCAGUGAAAUCAACAAAGACACUACUACACCGAAUCACCAACGGAAAAGUGUUAACCUAUGAAGAGCUCAAUACAGGCCUUCAUCAAGUAGAGGCAACACUCAACUCACGACCACUCAGUGUCAUGUCUGCCGAUCCCAGUGACUAUAAAACACUGACGGCAGGCCACUUCCUUACGAUGGAACCACUGGUGCCCAUACCUUCCAUCCCCACGAUGACAGACGCAAGUCAUAACCUAACAGUCACACCACGCAAUCGUUGGGCUUUGAUACAACAGAUCCAGAAUCAUUUCUGGAAUCGUUGGCACCGGGAAUAUCUACACACUCUCCAAGAACGACCCAAAUGGAACCGUGCAACCGUCAACAUACGUCUCGGAGCUCUGGUAAUCUUGAAGGAACCUACCCCUCCGCUCACUUGGAAAACUGCACGAGUGGUGGAAAUAUUUCCAGGCCCCGAUGGAGUCGUACGGAUAGCAAAAGUACGAACUGCCAAUGGAAAAAUAUUCACCCGCCCGGUAGUCAAGUUGUGUCCAUUGUCGCUAUAA